AUAGGAGGGCACAAGGAUGUGCUGUGUAGGACAGUGAUCUGCUGCCUGUCUCUUUAAGAAGGGGGGCUGCACCGGGAGGAGGAGGCGGAGGGAGCUGCCUCUGUCUGGGUUGUUUGCAGACGCUUCUCCCAUAGACUGAUGUGCAGGAUCCGCGGUGCUGAUCGUUGGGGACAUGUAAGCACUGCCGCCUGCCUGCACAGCCAUGGACCGGGCGAGUCUCCCCGGGGGGAUGCGAGGGGACCCGGGGCAGCUCAUCCACAGAUCCCUGGACUUCAAGUGCCAAGGGGCGCAGUGCUACAAGGACAAGAAGUACCGGGAGGCCAUCGGCAAGUACCACCGGGCACUGCUGGAGCUGAAGGGGCUCCCGGGGGAGCAGGACAGCGCCGGGCGUGUCUUCUGCAAGCUGAGCUGGUAAAUUAUGAGCGGGUCAAGGAAUACUGCCUAAAGGUUCUCAAGAAGGAAGGAGAGAACUUCAAGGCCCUGUACAGGUCUGGAGUGGCCUUCUACCACCUGGGGGACUAUGAUAAAGCAUUGUUCUACUUGAAGGAAGCCAAGAGCCGACAGCCAACAGAUACCAACGUCAUUCGAUACAUCCAGUUGGCCGAGAUGAAGCUCAGCAGAUGUUCCCAAAGAGAAAAGGAGCUAUCUUAAAAAAGAUAUCCAUUUGCCAAUGGGAUCACAUGACUGUCAUUACUGCAAGCUGUGCUGGUCAGGUGUCUUGUAACGCUGACCAGUUCCACAUUUUUUUUUUUUUUUUUUUUUGG